AUGGGAGCAAUAAAAAAUAUACCACCACGACCACAGCUUCCUGCCCAACAACUUCAGGCACAAAUCACGGUAUUACAACAACAAGUCCAAACACAAGCUACCCAACAUCAACAACAACUCCAAGCACAAGUUACCCAGCAUCAACAACAACUCGAAGUACAAGUUACCCAGCAUCAACAACAACUGCAAGCUGCAAUCACCCAAUACCAACAACAGCACAUAUCAGAUAUCAAUGAUAUUGUUAGAAUUGUGAUUGAUCAAAUGGUCAAUCAAAUUUAG